ACAAUGACCGCUGCAGAACGUUCAACAAUAACUGAUUUAAAAAAAUGUGAUUUUCGUGAUAUAAAUGCCUAUUUUCUUUCUGAAACUGAAAAAAGAAAAGCUCGAAGUAAAGAAGAGAAAAAAGCAGAAAAAGAAAUUAAAGAUAAAGAAGCGGCUGAAUAUGGUUUUGCGAUGCUGGAUGGUUAUAAACAAAAAAUUGGAAAUUUUCGAAUUGAACCACCGGGACUUUUUAGAGGACGAGGAGAACACCCAAAAAUGGGUUGUUUAAAGCUACGAGUUCAACCAGAAGAUGUUAUAAUAAAUUGCUCUAAAGGUGUUACAAUUCCUCCUCCUAAAGGUCAUAAAUGGAAAGAAGUUCGACAUGACAAUAUGGUUUUUUUAUUUUUUAACUUACGUCGUAUCUCCAACAACAAUAUGUCAUUCGAAGGCUUGGUUUCCAAAUCAAAAUUAAACUUGGGUCUCUGUGUCACUUGGCUUUGUUCUUGGAAUGAAAAUGUUUUGUUCAGUAACAAAUAUAUAAUGUUAAACCCUUCUUCAAAGCUUAAAGGCCAAAAAGAUUGGGAAAAGUUCGAAAAAGCGCGAAAGCUUAAAGGCUGUGUUGGGCCAAUUCGAGAUCAGUAUUUAUUAGACUUUAAAAGCAAAGAGAUGCGAAUACGACAACGUGCAGUUGCUCUUUAUUUUAUUGAUAAAUUUGCGCUUAGAGCUGGAAAUGAAAAGGAUACUGAUGAAGCUGCAGAUACUGUUGGUUGUUGCUCUCUUCGUUGUGAACAUAUUAAAUUACACGAAGAAUUGGAUAACCAGAAAUAUGUUGUAGAAUUUGAUUUUCUUGGAAAAGAUUCAAUUCGUUAUUACAAUCGUGUACCUGUUGAAAAGGCUGUUUUUAAAAAUUUGAAAAUUUUUAUGGAAGGAAAGGAACCUGGCGAUGAUCUCUUUGAUAGACUUGAUACAAGUUCUCUAAAUGCUUAUUUGAAAGAAUUAAUGGAUGGAUUAACUGCCAAAGUAUUUCGUACAUAUAAUGCUUCAAUUACUUUACAAGACCAAUUGGAUAAAUUAACAAAUCCUGAUGAUACAAUCCAUGCAAAGCUGCUUUCAUAUAAUCGUGCAAAUCGACAAGUUGCAAUUCUUUGUAAUCACCAACGUGCAGUCCCUAAAACUCAUGAUAAGGCUAUGGAAACACUACAAAAUAAGAUUAAUGAAAAGAAGAAAGAAUAUAAAGAAAUUAAAGCUGAACUUAAGAAAAAUAAAAAUGAUGAGAAAUUGCAGAAAAAAUAUACUCGAGUGAAAGAACAACUUGUAAAAUUAAAAACACAGCAUACCGACAAGGAUGAAAAUAAACAAAUUGCAUUGGGCACAUCCAAACUUAAUUAUUUGGAUCCAAGGUUUUUUUUAAAUACGGACUGA